GCCUAAAAUUAAAUUGUAAAUUGUUGCUGUUAGUUUUUCAGCAGGGUAGUGCUUGGCGCUUAUAGUACUUAGAAGAUUGUUUCAUUUAAUUCUUAUAACUGCAUAAUGACUACCGAGGUCAGAUGCAAAGAAUUAAUAAAGAAGCGCGCUUCAAUUAAGGCUAAGCUUACACAGUUUAUAGCUUAUUUAAAUACUGCGAAAACUUGUGAACAACUAAGUGAUUCGCAGUUAGUGGAAUUAGACAUGCGUAUUAAAAAACUUGAUGAUUCGUACAACUCUUUUGAUACUUACCAGAGCGAAUUGGAGAUGCUGACUGAGGAUCCUGCCGAGCAAUAUAGUGAACGCGAGCUGUUCGAGCGGUCUUACUACAAAGAGAUUGCCGCCGCUCGGGAGCUGGUGGACAGGCAUCGCAAUAAAGACGGGCGCUUUAUUACUUCACUUCAAAGGUACCAGCGCAUCGAGUUCCUUAAACAGCACUUCUGGAACAGGUUCUCCACUGAGUACAUUUCUGGCCUGCAACAGAGAACCAAAUGGCAGAGCUCAAGGGGCAAACUCGACGUCGGAACCAUGGUAGUAAUCAAGGACAAGAAUCUACCGCCGCUUAUGUGGCUGCUCGGCCGCAUCGUCCAAGUGCUGCCUGGCAGAGAUGGCAUCGCAAGAGUAGCCGACAUAAAGACGAAAAAGGGAGUCAUUCGUCGGGCUUUCAACACAAUUUGUCCUCUACCCAUCCAAGAUCUUGAAGACCCAAGCUCUUCAACGCCGGGAGUAUAUGUAGGCGACAAACCCGCCGCCGCAUCAAAUUAGCCACAGCAACUACGAUGACGUCCACCGUCACGUCACCGUACCGGUUAGCCGGCGACGGGCCCGGGGGCCGGUCCGCGGGGGGACAGUUAGAAGCAAAAAUAACGGCUCGCGAAACGCACAUAUAUCGCGUCGCGUCAAAAUAAAUUAAGAUUAUUUUGUAAUGUAUUACAAUUAAAAUAGUGUUACAGUCCGCUAUCGUUUCAUUCAGCAGUCUAGAUCUCCUGGGUUCACUAAAUACCUACUACGAACUAGGCACUAGACGCAACAGAUCUCUAUAAUUAGAAUUAAAUAAAUAAUUGAAUUGAAUUAACAAUCCACCGCUCGAAUGUGUGAUAUUUGUGAAAUUAAUUAUACAUAUAGUUAUUACAACAAGGUAGAAAAUUAAAUUUUUAACAAUAAGAACCAUUUGUCAAUUGGGUCAAAAUUCUUUUCGUUGUCUUGUU